AUGGAGUUUCAAAAUACAUCUUGUGAUAUGCAAGACAAUCCGAUGCAGCUAACGGCUAAUCUCGACAUCAAGGAGGAGGUACCUCAGGACAUAACGGUUGAUAUUAAACCGGAAAACGAUGAGAAUGACGGUAACGACAAUCCAUUUGAUGAUGUCCAAGUGGAAAUUAAACAGGAAUUCAUUACACCAAACCUUGAACCGAGUAAAAAGCUUUCACUGUCGUCAAUAUGCAAGGAACCAGAAAUUCUCGACACAGUAUUACUAUUACAAAAUGAAAUCAACGAGGCUAUUCUACCGAAUAAUGACGAUGAUAUUAAAAUAGAGAAUCAAGAGGAAAUCAUUGGUUAUGAUUACCCAAGCGUCGAUGAGGGCAGCAUGGAUAGUGCAGAAGCACAGGCUUUAAACAAUGUAGAGGCUUGUUUACAAGAUGAUAUUGAAAUAAAAAAUGAAAAUGAUAUGUAUGAGGAUAUACCAAAAGAAGAUCUCGAAAAAAUUAUUAAAGAAGAAAUGGAUUUAACCGUAACAGAAACUCAUUUGAUCUCAAACAAAGUUAUAAAUACAACUUCGACUAUUACGAAUCCGCAAGACGGUGUAAUACAGUCGCAAACCACGAAAACUUUGGUCAUGGAAAUCCAUCCAAUGGUUAAAGGUAUCAAUGUUCCAUCUUUGGGUCGAAUGGGCAACCCUGAAGAAAUAUUACCAACUUCAUAUAAUAAUGACGAUAAUCUAACUGAGGAGUAUCAAGAUUCAUUCCAACUAAACUCGAUAACUGGUAACAUACUAUCCCUUGAACAGGAGGCCUAUGGAUUGUUGAAAGCUGGUCGCUGUGACUUAGAAGAUAGGCGAUUUAACUGCAAUAAAUGUGAGAAAUCUUAUAAAAAAUCGAGAUCCUUAAAAGAGCACAUGCAAGUCCACAAAGCGAUAGACAACAGAGCCAUGGGAAUUAUUAAAGGUCUGAAAACAAGAAUGGAAAACAUGAAGAAACAGAACAGGUCGCGAAUUAAGGAAGAGGUCGUUUUGAAUGUGAAGAAAGAAGGCUACGAGUGUACUUGUGGUCAGGUGUUUAAACGUAAGACUAGGAUGUUGUCGUGUUUGAGGUCACACGACGCGUAUGCGGACACGGAAUCUUGCUUUUCCUGUAUAUCUUGUACAAAACAAUUUAAAGACAAAAAUGAACUAACGUUACAUCGCAAGCGGCUGCAUCGAAAACGGUUCCCUUGUAAAUUUUGUCCAACCGAUUAUACCACCAGAAAAGAUUUAUUUAAGCAUCUUCAAAUACACCAAAAAGUUCAACUUAUGGAGUACAAAGUCAUAUCCGAAGUAGUGAAAGGGAAACAAAAACUAAAAUGCUUCAUGUGUUCCAAAACAUUUUCGGAAUUGUCAGAAUUAAAAUCGCACGUGAUGGCGGACCAUCGAGAACCAUACAUAUGUCCACAUUGCAAGGAGACAUUUCCAAAAAUUAUCGAUUUUGGAAACCAUACGAAGACGUAUCACCCUGAGGUCGAAGGGCAAUCUGUUUUGGAUGUUCUAGAGGCUUUUUCGAAAUUAGUACAAGCUUGGAAAUGCGAGGAGUGCCAGUUACAAUUUCACGAAGCUGAUAAGUUUGCGAUGCAUCAAGUAGAGAUGCAUAGUCCUGAGUCAAAGUUAAAAGAUCAGUUUCAAUGUUCUGACUGUCGAAGAGUUUUCGUCAGUCAGAAGGGAUUGACGUCUCACAGACGAAUCCAUCACAAUACCGAGAGUGUUGAAGAAAAUGAAACAAUUGAAACGGGCGUUAUGUGUGUAGAGUGUCGAAAAAUUUGCAAAGAUAUGACCGCUCUAACAUCACACAUGCGUUUGCAUUCACCGGAAAGAAAAUAUCCUUGCAAAUUCUGUGAUUUCCGUUUCUCCACUCCAGAGAAGAGAAAAGCUCACGCUGAACUACACACUGGAGACAUGAAAUACGUCUGUUUUAUAUGCGAAUAUCAGUGCAGUUCAGAGAAUCGUCUGAAACACCACAAAACGUCCUUGAAACAUUUGAACAUGAAGGAGUUUUUGUUGACGGGCAAGCCAUUAGUCGAAGAACAGUCGACUUCUAAAGUCAAACAAGAAGAUAAAUACGUUAAGAAGAAAAAGCAGAAAAACACGGAUUCUUUAACAGAUAAUGACAUAUCUUCGACGUGUGAGGUCUGCGGUGACAAAUUUCCAAGUGAAGAAAAAAUGUUAGAACAUAAACAAUCUCACCCCUUCAUUGAGUUUCCCAAUGAAGACACGCCUACUAGAAUAUUCUUCAAGUAGCCAUUCUUGCCACUCGGUUGUAGGUAAUGUUUAAGUUUGCACGUUGUUGUACUCCAUUUAGUAAGCGCUCCAUUGACACAUAUCUUAAUGUGAAUAAUUUUUAUGUAUUACUUUUCAUUUUGACACGAUUUGGUUGUUUUUGUGCAAAAUCAUCUUUUGUUUUUCUGACAAAAUUUUAAUUUAUUUGCACAUAAAAAUAUCGUUAUUUCUUCGCGGGCGAAGAUGUUUAAACAUUGAUUGAGAAAAAAUAAACUUUAACUUUAUAUUUGUUUA